AUGACCUCAAAUUUCACUUACAGCUCACUUCUUUCCAGUUUAAGCUCUCUAGAUCAGAAUUCAAUCAAUGCGUCUCAAGAUGACGACUUAAGCCUUUGGGCCACUGCAGAAUUUAGCUUUGAUAUCCCUCCUGUUCCUGUUAUUGGAAUGAUGGAUGAAGAGUUCGACGUGUCUCCUGCAGAAAACAAAUUCGAAGAUUCCGAUGUUGCUUAUUCGACUGCUUUAGUUCAAACCGAAAUCCCGUCAUUUACCAAUCAAACACAGAACAUGUACCAUCCUUUACUUUCUUCGUAUCCAACGGCGAGUUCCCUUAUACAAACACGUCUGCAACCAAUUCCCAUUGCGCCAGCCGUCACUCCUACAACACAAGCCAAUUAUUCGCCAAUAUACCCAACUCCUCUGACAGCUGGCUUAACUACAGCGGCAAAAGUGGGUAAUAAAGUAAUUGCACUCAAGGAAGAAAAUGGAAAUACAUCAAAGUCUUCGACUACUAAAGCCACUAUAAACCCUCCAUCUCGUAAGAAUUCGGCAAAAUCCGUUCAAUCAUCAACUGAUACCACAGGCACCAAUUCCACUGCAGAAGACAUUGAAACUCAAAAAGAGGAUCCCGAGAUGGCUGCUAAGAUUGCAGCCGAAGAAGACAAACGGAGACGUAACACAGCUGCUUCUGCAAGAUUCCGCGUAAAAAAGAAAAUGCGAGAGCAAGCACUUGAAAGGACUGCUAAGGAAAUGACACAAAAGGCUGAAACGCUCGAAGUUCGAGUAAAGGAACUUGAAAUGGAAAUUAAGUGGUUAAGAAGCUUGAUUGUAGAAAAAGACGCUAGAUUAUUGGAUAUUGAUCGUCCUGAGAAAAAGCGCAAGACUGAUUCCGAGAAUUCUGACGAAACCUUAAGGCAGGAAUCGAACAAUAAAAUAGAUAAAAUGGGUUAA